GCUUCUAUAUUGUAAAUAUUUAUAUGUAUAUUAAUAUAACAUGCACUUCCUUCAGGGUUUAAAAUAACAGUCUUCAAAUCAAGAAGGCAGCCUUGUUGCACUAUUUGAUUGGCACAUCAUUGGUGUAUCUAACAGUAUCUGUCUUGUUGCUCCAUUAUUUCAGUCAAUUAUUCUUUUCUUUGUUCUUUAUAUUUAUAAAAAUCUUCAGCCAUAGUAUCUCUUUAGCUUUCUGUGCUUAGUCUUUUACAGGUAAGCUUUUCAUUUUGCCUUAUUAUAGUUCUAUCCCAUUUUUAUAAUUUAUUAUAUCAGCAAAAGAAAAUUUAAUUUUCUUCGUGAUUUUUCCUUUUCCUAUUUAUUGUAUGACUAUCUUUGAUCCAUACCUUUCAUUUGCCUGAAAUACUGAUGGUUGUUUUGUUCAUUAGCAUGUUGAUGAUGGUUGUAUUAGGUGCAGAUAUCUUGUUAUUAUAUUUUGUUAUUGUUUAUAUUGAUUUCAGCAUUAUUUAUGAGUAAAAGCAGUUUUGUAAAUUGUUAAUGCUUUAAACGAAAAUUUUUUUUUUAAAAUAGUUGGUCAUUUUAUUUGUUUCUUGAUAGGAUAGAAAAAUUAAUGCUUUUAGAAUCUGUAAUAUUUUAUUUUAUUUUUUUGAUAUAUUACUUUAUAUUAAUUUAUUUUAUAUUUUUUAGCUUCCAGAAGAUGAGCAAGAAUGUUUAAAAGUACUGUACAUAGGAGUUUGUUGGAUUUAAACUUAGUUGUAAAUUUAUCUGAGUUUAUAAAUCCAGUAUUUAAACUGAUUAGUUGGUUGUAGUUUGGAGAUUUAAAAAUUUUUAAUUAAUUUUGAAUGAUUAUGUAAAUAAAAUUUUAAUUUGGACAAAUUAUUUGAUUUAUGUUCUAUAACAUAUGUAUAAUCAACAUUAUUCAGAAGGCAUAAUUAUAAAAAUGUUUUUAUAAAUGUUUAUAAUCUCAUGCCAUAUAAAUAUUGUUUGAUGUAAUAUGUGAUACAAUACAGACAAUUUUUAUAUUUUAUCACAUUUUUCUAAUUGUUUGGUAAUCAACAUUUUAUACAUUUUGGAGCACAAUGAAGUUAAUUUCUGCUUAGUGAUAUAGAAACGAGUUAAGAAAGUAUAUGCAAUUAUUAGCAUAUGGAAGAAUUGACUACACAUGAUUAUUUUUUAAUUAAUGCAUUUAACAUCAUCUGAGAAAUAUUUUAACUGAAAAUAACUAUGUAAUAUAAUAAUUCAUAUGUGGCAAUAUUAAAGAAUAUAUUAUGUAUGGACAAAUAUCGACAGUAUAUCACAACAUAUUUCAAUUUAUCAAUGUUUUAGAGUAUGGGUUUAACCUAAAUUUAAAAAUUUAUUCCAAUGUUUAAUAAAAAUUUAAGAAAAGAUUGUAACAAAAUCUAGAGCACUACUUUAAAAUCAUAAUUGUUUGCUGAUAUUUUCUUAACAGCUGAGAGAAGACAUUAAAAAGAUGAUAAAUUAUCAUAUUGUAGAAGAUACACAUCAUUCAGAAAAAUCAACUGCAAAUGAAUCAUCUUAUUUGAAUUUCAUGAAAUUAGAAAUACCAGAUUUUAUUAUGGAACAAACAUUGAAAACUAUGUCUGAUAAACAGAAAAUGAAAAUGCAUUUAGAGAUUGCACAAUGCAUUGAGAAGGCAGGUUUUAAAUGUAAUUCAUGUGAGGAAUCACAACGUAUAAGUCUAUCCGAUAAGAAAAGUAUCAGCGAUAGCACCAAACACAAAGAAGAUUUUUAUUCCUGUGAUAGAAGUGAUGAAAUUAAGUUCCAUAUCAGUACACUAACUUGUGACUGUCAAGAAAGAAAACUUAUAUUAUAUGAAAAUCUUUCGGAACAUUUUAAAAUGGCAGAUUAUCUGGGAAAAGCUGUUUUUUAUUUAUAUGAAACAGCAACUAUUGCAUUGAGGAUGAAUAAUGUGUCUAAAGCUGCUCAUUGUCUUUCUGAAGCAAAUAGUUUACUGAAAAAGAUGAAUAAGAAUGAAAAUAUAAUUAUAUCAAAUAAGAAAGAUGAUUAUAUUCUAAAGACUCCCUUUAUUUUUAUUGUUGCAAAAAGAAUUUCUGCUGAGAUUAAUUAUCUUCAAAAAGAAUUUAAAGUUGCAUUGUAUGAUAUAAAAACAGUAGCAAACAUAUUGGGUAGAUCUUAUCCAAAAUUUUACAGAAAUGUAACAGAGAAACUUGCUAAAAAAGUGCUUAUGUUAUCAAAAGAGUCUGAAGUUUUAGAAGAAUGUCGGUGUCUUGCAAUAGCAGUAAAGAUAUAUUUUGAAAAGAAACAAUAUUCUCUUGCUUAUGAUAUUGCCAAAUAUCAAAAUUUAUUGAUGAAUAAAAUAGAAAAAACUUAUGUUGAAGUAGGUUUAUAG